GUCAUCAGCCAAGUGCCGAAGCUGGUGGCGUGGGUUUUCUUGACAUAUUUUCAGUCUUGACCGUUUUCUGUAUUUUUCUGAAUCAAAAUGACGGAGCGAAAGGGAACAGCAAAGUUGGACUUCCUCAGAAAGAUAGAGGAGGAAAUCCAGCAGAAAUGGGAGAAGGAAAGCACAUUUGAUUGUGAUGCACCCACCACUAUUGGGGAAAGCACAAACAAAAACAAGUACUUUGUCAACUUCCCCUACCCUUACAUGAAUGGAAGGCUGCAUCUUGGUCAUACUUUCUGCCUUUCGAAGUGCGAGUUUGCUGUUGGUUUCCAGCGCUUGAAAGGGAAGCAAUGCCUAUUUCCAUUUGGGUUCCAUUGUACAGGAAUGCCAAUCAAAGCCUGUGCAGACAAGCUGAAGAGAGAGAUGGAGGUUUACGGCAACCCACCACAGUUUCCGGAUGAGGAGGAGGAGGAAGAAGAAAAGCCCAAGUUUGCAGAUGAGUUCAUCAUCAAGGACAAAGCUAAGGGCAAAAAGAGCAAAGCAGUGGCAAAGGCUGGAGGGUCAAAGUUCCAGUGGGAAAUUAUGAAGUCUCUGGGGUUGAGUGACAUGGAGAUAGUGCCAUUUGCCAAUGCGGAGCACUGGCUGGAGUACUUCCCACCCCUGGCUGUGAAAGACCUGAAGAUGAUGGGUGUAAAGGUGGACUGGCGACGCUCCUUCAUCACAACCGAUGUCAACCCUUUCUACGACUCCUUCGUGAAGUGGCAGUUCAUCACCCUGAAAGAGAGGAAGAAAAUCAAGUUUGGUAAAAGGUAUACCAUCUACUCUCCAAAAGAUGGACAGCCAUGUAUGGACCAUGACAGGCAGACUGGAGAGGGAGUUGGACCACAGGAGUAUACCCUCAUCAAGAUGAAGGUUGUAGAGCCCUACCCUGCAAAACUAAGUGGUCUUAAAGGCAAGAACAUCUUCUUGGUGGCAGCUACUCUCAGACCAGAGACCAUGUUUGGCCAGACUAACUGCUGGGUCCAUCCUGACAUCAAGUACAUAGCCUUUGAGAUGGCCAGUGGAGACGUGUUCAUUAGCACAAGGAGGUCGGCUAGGAACAUGUCUUACCAAGGCUUCACCAAGGAGAACGGCAAGGUUACAGUGAUCAUGGAUGUGCUGGGAAAGGAUAUUCUUGGAUGUGCUCUUAGUGCCCCGCUAACGUCUUACCGGACCAUCUAUGCUCUGCCCAUGCUUACCAUCAAGGAGGACAAAGGCACUGGAAUUGUCACCAGCGUACCGUCCGAUGCACCUGAUGACAUCGCUGCCCUCAGGGAUAUCAAAAAGAAACAGGCCCUGAGAGAGAAAUAUGGUAUCGAAGACAAGAUGGUCCUACCUUUUGAGCCAGUGCCCAUCAUUGAGAUCCCUGGCUAUGGGAACAUGUCUGCUCCUCUGGUGUGUGACGAGUUGAAGAUCCAGAGCCAAAAUGACCGUGAGAAGCUGGCAGAGGCCAAGGAGAAGGUCUACCUCAAGGGCUUCUAUGAAGGGAUCAUGCUAGUUGAAGGCUACAAGGGCCAAAAGGUGCAGGAUGUCAAGAAACCCAUCCAGAAGAUGAUGGUGGAGAAGGGCCAAGCUUUGAUCUACAUGGAGCCAGAGAAGCAGGUGAUGUCACGCUCUGCAGACGAGUGUGUGGUGGCACUAUGCGACCAGUGGUAUCUGGAUUAUGGAGACAAAGAAUGGAAGCAGCAGGCCAUGGAAUGCCUGAAGCCACUGGAGACGUUCUGUGAUGAGACGAGGAAGAACUUUGAGGCCACUCUGGACUGGCUCCAGGAGCACGCCUGCUCUCGUACCUACGGCCUGGGUACAAGGUUGCCAUGGGACCAGCAGUGGCUGAUCGAGUCCCUGUCUGACUCAACCAUUUACAUGGCCUACUACACCGUGGCUCACUUCCUCCAGGGGGGAGUGCUCAACGGACAGGGACCCUCGCCUCUAGGGAUCAAGCCAGAGCAGAUGACCAGGGAGGUGUGGGACUUCAUUUUCUUUAAGAGCUCUCCCUUCCCCAAGACGGACAUCCCCAAGGAGCACCUGCAGAGGCUGAGGAGGGAGUUUGAGUACUGGUACCCCGUUGAUGCCCGUGUGUCUGGGAAGGACCUGGUGCCCAACCACCUGUCCUAUUACCUGUACAACCACGUGGCCAUGUGGCCCAACGACAGCGGAAAAUGGCCGCAGGCAGUCCGAGCCAAUGGUCACCUGUUAUUGAACUCUGAAAAGAUGUCUAAAUCCACGGGCAAUUUCCUCACUCUGAGUGAUGCCAUCGCCAAGUUCUCUGCUGACGGGAUGCGCAUGGCCCUGGCGGACGCGGGAGACACAGUGGAAGACGCUAACUUUGUGGAGGCCAUGGCCGACGCUGGCAUCCUGCGCCUCUACACCUGGGUGGAGUGGGUCAAGGAGAUGAUAGCCAAUCAGAACAACCUAAGGACCGGGCCAGCCGACACCUUCAAUGACCGCGUGUUUGCCAGUGACAUGAAUGCAGGCAUCAUCAAGACAGAGCAGCACUAUGAGAGGAUGAUGUACAAGGAGGCGUUGAAGAGCGGCUUCUUUGAGUUCCAGGCGGCCAAGGAUAAGUACAGGGAGCUGGCCAUCGAGGGGAUGCACCGGGACCUGGUGUUCCAGUUCAUUGAGAAGCAGACCCUGCUGCUGGCCCCCAUCUGCCCACACCUCUGUGAACACACCUGGGGUCUCAUGGGCAAGACUGUCUCUCUGAUGAAAGCAUUGUGGCCCGUGGCAGGUCCAGUAGACGAGGUGCUGAUGCGCUCUUCUCAGUACGUCAUGGAGACAGCCCAUGACCUGAGAAUACGCCUCAAGGCCUACCUGGCACCCCCCAAGAGCAAGAAGGGCGACGUGAAGCCCCCGGCCAAGCCCUCCCACUGCACCAUCUACGUGGCCAAGACGUACCCCUCCUGGCAGCACAGCGCUCUCUCGCUGCUGGGAAAACACUACAAGAGCAACAAGGGAGCUCUGCCUGAUAACAAGGUCAUUGCCAUGGAGCUUGGUGCCCUGCCGGAGCUCAAAAAGUACAUGAAGAGAGUGAUGCCAUUCGUGGCCAUGAUCAAGGAAAACCUGGAAAAGAAUGGUGCCAGGGUUCUGGACCUGGAACUGGAGUUUGACGAGCGAGCCGUGCUGCUGGAGAACAUAGUUUAUCUGACUAACUCUCUGGAGCUUGAUCAGAUAGAUGUGGUGUUCGCAUCAGAGGCGGAUGACAAAAUAAAGGAGGACUGUUGCCCAGGGAAACCGUUCAGUGUCUUCAGAUCCGAACCGGGUGUGGCAGUGUCCCUGCUCAACCCCCAGCCAUCCAACGGUCUCUUCACCACCACCAUUGACAUCCGACAGGGCGACAGCAGAGACAGCAUCAUCCGCAGACUAUCCAAAGUCAACAGAUUCAUUAAAGACCUGUCCAAAGUGAAGCUAAUGCGCUUUGAGGACCCUGUCUUGGGGCCUCGCCAGGUUCCCAUCCUGGGGAGGGAGGAGCAGGGCAAGCUGCCUAUCUCUGACAAGUCCUCCUUCGGCAUCUGCCUGGCUGACAGGAAGGUCCUCAUGACAGACAAUGGCCUCAGCGUGGACAUAGGAGACACCCUGGUGUACCUGGUACAAUAGAGCACAAGACUUGGGCCUGUUUUAAUACUUUUACAAUGCUUCCAUCCUUGUGGAAAUCACUGGUCUGACGAGGGCUAAUCUCAUAGAUAUCAGUAAUUAUCUAAAGGAAGGUAGGAAGGAUGCAUUUGAACAGGCCCCUGCUCUCUGUGUAGAGGGGUGGGACUGAAAAGCAGGAGGCUGUAGCAGAAUGACAAGACAGCAUUUUUCUGCUGUAGAUGUUAGUAUGUGCUCUAUGGAACAUACACAGCUCUGUGGGGAAUAGCCAGGAAGUAGUCUUGCCUUUACCUUUUCUAUUCAAAAAUAGAAUGUGUACUCGUCUUGUCCUCUCAUCAUAUGUGAAAUAUAAAAUGCAAUUAUGUUUCAGCACUUCAGUGUCUGUCAUGAUGUUUUAAGAAAUGGACGAAAGUAGAGUAAUUGUACAAGGUGACGCAAAUUUUCCAAAAUUAAAUAAAUACAUCUUUAACGUA